CCUUUGCUGCACAUGUCAUUGUUUGACAGAAAUUUAUCAUUUUCCAAUUCCUAUUUCAAUUUCUUUUUUGUAAUCCAAUUCACUUUGUCGCAGGCAGAAGAGUUUAUAGAUUUAAAAUUUAUCUGCAGUAUGCACUAUUUAAAGUAAAUACUUAAUCACCUGUUCUAGCGGCUUUUGAUUUCCGAAAAAUAUAUCAAGCAAUAUGUAUUCAAGACUCAACCAUCUUGGAAUUGUGCAGAAUCGGCUACUUCUGGCCAAUAGAAAGUAUAGUGGCAGUAUACUAAAGAAAAAAGAAUCAUUAGUUUUGCAGCCUGGAAAAGUUAGUCAUGGCUUCAUUUGCUCUGAAGUUGAACAUAUUAAGGAAUAUAACAUGACAGCAUACUUUCUCACACAUGAAAAGACUAAAACUGAAUACCUACAUUUGGAAAGAGAUGACAGUAAUAAUGUAUUUUCUGUGGGCUUUCGCACCACACCACUUGACUCUAUGGGUACACCGCACAUAUUAGAGCACACCGUUCUUUGUGGUUCAGAGAAAUAUCCAGUAAGGGAUCCCUUUUUUAAAAUGCUAAACAGAUCUCUAGCAACAUUUAUGAAUGCCCUGACUGGCCCUGAUUAUACUUUCUAUCCGUUUUCCUCGCAAAAUGAAAUUGAUUAUAGAAAUCUCCAAAAAGUUUAUCUUGAUGCAGUUUUUAAGCCUAAUUUAGCUAGACUUGACUUUUUACAAGAAGGUUGGAGAUUGGAGCACACGGAUUUACAAAACAAAUCUUCCGAUUUAGUAUUCAAGGGGGUAGUUUACAAUGAAAUGAAGGGUGCCUUCUCAGAAACCAGCUCUUUAUUUGGUCAGAAAUUUAUUAACCAAAUAUUACCAUUGGGCACUUACGGUUUUGUGUCUGGAGGUGAUCCCUUAUGUAUUCCGGAGUUAACUCAUAGUCAUUUGAAAAAGUUCCAUGCUACUCACUAUCAUCCUAGUAAUGCAAGAAUUUAUUCAUAUGGCAACUUUCCAUUAGAAGCCAACCUUAAAUUUCUAAACGAAUCAUAUUUAAGUCAGUAUGAGUACUUAGAUCCUAAAAAUACGAUUGUACCACCACAAGAAAGGUGGAAAGAAGAAAAAAGGGUAUCAAUUUCUUGUAGAGUGGAUCAAUAUGGUGGGCCAAUAGAUAAACAAAAUCAGAUAGCAAUUGGUUACGUUAUGUCAGAUAUUACCAAUAUAUAUGAGACAUUUAUGCUCACUGCACUCUCUGAACUGAUGAUAAUUGGUCCAAAUUCAGCAUUCUAUAAGAGUCUUAUUGAGAAAAACAUAUCUGGUGGCUAUAAUUCUUUAACCGGUUAUGACAAUCAUAUCCGAGAUACACUCUUUGCUGUAGGACUUAGAGAUGUGGAUCAAAAAGACUUUGCAACAAUUGAAAAGAUAGCAUAUGAAACUAUACACAGAAUAUUCACAAAAGGUUUUGAACAGGAUCACAUUGAAAGUGUUUUACAUGGAUUUGAAUUAGCUAUUAAACAUCAAUCACCUAAAUUUGGCCUUAACUUACUCUUCAACAUAAUGCCUUUAUGGAUUCAUAAUGGGCCAAUUUUGAAUGCCUUAAAAGUAAAUAAGUUGCUUGAAAAACUUAAAGUGAACCUUAAAGACCAUCAUUACGUUAAAGCUGUGAUAGAAAAAUACUUUAUAUGUAACACACAUAAACUUAUCAUGACUAUGCAACCUGAUCCCAAAUUUGAUGACUUAUUUAAUUCUGCAGAACAGGCAUUAUUAAAGAAAAAAGUUAAUGAAUUAUCUGAAGAAGAUAGAAAACAAGUUUAUGAAGAUGGAUUGGAACUUUCAAAAGCACAAAAAAAGCAACAAAACCUAGAUGUUUUGCCAUGUUUAAAAAUAGAGGAGAUAACGCUUACCAAAACAGCCCCUCCCCUGAAGCACACAGUGUCUGGAUCUAUUCCUCUACAGCUCUGUGAGGCAAAUACAAAUGGAGUUAUAUAUUUCAAAGGAGUUCUAGGGACAGAGAGUUUAAAUGAAGAGCAACAGCGGUUGUUGCCAUUCUUUACAUAUGUUAUUGACAAGUUUGAUACAGUAUCUUACAAUUUUCGAGAUUUUGACAAAUAUGUUAGCAAGAGUACAUCUGGACUGAGUUUCAUAACUCAUGUAACGGAACACAUAGAUCAGCAUGGACAGUAUGAACAAGGUUUGCUGAUUGGGAGCCACUGCCUCGAUGAAAACAUACCUAAAAUGCUUAAUAUUUGGUCUGAAGUGUUCAGUACACCAAAUUUUGAGAAUGAGGAGAGAAUGAAAAUGCUUCUAAACAACUAUUGUUCAUCUUUAACAAGUGGCAUCAUAGACAAUGGUCAUACAUAUGCUAUGCAAUCUGCUCGCUCCUUAAUUUCAUCUGUUGAUGAAUGCAAAGAGAAUUUGUUAGGAAUACAACAUGUGAUAAACAUGCAGAGCAUACAAAAACAAUACACAAUCAAUGACAUACAAAAGAUUGUUGAUAGUGUUUCAAAACAAACCUUAAAUGGAUAUAACCUAAGAGGAGCUUUCCAUUUUUCUAAUACAAAUGCUGAUAUAUUAGAAUGUGUCGAUGAGUUCUGUAAAAGUCUGACUCACAAUGAGGAAAAUAAAGAUAUUAACCGCAUUAACUGGGUUGAUUCGAAACAAAUGCCAAAACAAAACCGAGGUAUUCAUGUAUCUAUGAAUAUACCGAUCAAUUAUUGUGCAAAAGCUGUUCAAACAGUGCCCUAUACUGACCCAGAUUAUCCGAAACUCCGUGUAUUGUCCAGGUUCUUGACAUCUAAAUACCUUCACCCCAUUGUCAGGGAACAAAAUGGAGCAUACGGGGGAGGUGCAGCUUUAACUCUAGAUGGUGUUUUUAAUUUCUAUUCAUACAGAGACCCCAAUUCACGUAAAACAUUAGAUGUGUUUGAUGAGACUACAACAUGGAUGAAAAAUAACACAAGUCUUUUGGAUGAACAAAACCUUUUCGAAGCUAAACUUUCAAUAUUGCAGCAGAUGGAUCAACCUGUAGCCGAGUACAUGAAAGGCAUUGACUUGUUUCUGUAUGGUUUAUCAUUUGAUAUUUGGCAAACCCAACGAGACAGAGUGCUUGCAGUCACAAAAGAAGAUCUGAUAGAAGUGUGCCAUAAAUAUUUAGCACCUGAAAAAUGGGCAGGAAAAUGUGUUAUUGGCGAAGGUGCAUCACAAGAAAUACAGAAGGAUGGUGAAUUUUGGAAGAAGAUAAGUGGACCUCAGCAGUAGACUUUUAUUUCUGCAAGUUUAUGGCACUUAGAAUGCAGUACUUAGAAUUGUAUAUUGUUUAUUCUGUAGUUGUUAGUUGAGAAAGGUCAACAAUUUAAAAUACUAAUUUUAUAAUUUAUUAUCUUA